ACUCGAGUCAAGAGUCAAGUGGAAGGAAUCCAGGGCAACAUCACAUGUCACUCUCUAGUCUCUCCUCCAUCUCUCGAUUAAUCCCAGCAAGAUCCUACUUGAAGGAGACGCAAUAGUUGAGAAGGCAUCAUAUGACCGUACAAAUUUCACUGAGAAGGCAACAAGCGCUUCCGCGUACUCCUGACAAUGUUAGAUGACACUUGCCAAAACUUAUGUUUCUAUGACCAAAGAACACAGUAAUCUUCGUUUAGCUUCUGCUCAAUAACACAAAAAUCAGAAAUUGCCGCUUCUGCUCUCAAAAGCUGCAAUCAAAAGAUGACAUAUAACGUUAGCGGAAGCUCAGCCUGUAACUAUCGGCUUAUCAGCUCUACUCUUCAAGGAACCACUACAACCUAGCCACCACAAUGAUGACCAUGAAAUCUCACAUCAAGAACCUUACCGUUCAGACCACAUUGUUUGGACAAUCUGUUGCUAAGGCCAUACCAAAGACCCUAGAGUGCUCGGUGGUCGAGCUGACAUCAAACUGGUUAACAGAGCCGUCUCUUCAGGAGCUAGUGGAUGAGAACAUAAACUCAACUAGACCCGUUGACAACAACCUCGGGAAGUAAAAACCUUACUGGGACAGGUACACUCGAGCCAUUCUUAUUUGCAAGAUUGUAUCACAGCUUAAAGCACUUGAAGAGUUUGUUUUCUUCAUCAAGUCAUUACGAAAAUAGAUAUCUAGAUACUUACUUAAUCAGGUUGAAUCUUGUACAUUAAAUUGUAGACCUUAUAACAGCAGCAGAUUCAGAUUUCUGCAAGUGAAGAGUGUAGUUUAUAGUUGAAUAGAUUACAGAUAAGAGCCUACCUUUUGGCCAAUUUUUUAUAGAUUAACAAAUCAUAUAGUAUUUAAGUUAUAAACUCUCUGUCUCUGAG